UUGAACGUAGCACAGCGUUGACCAUCGGCGGAUUGCUGCUGGUGGUUCCUGGGUCGCAGAAAUGGCGAACGUGGUCCUGGAGUUCAAGGUUUCUGCCGGCGACUCGGAGCCCCAGAACCGGCCCGUCCUGAUUCUGGGCCAGCAGAACAACCUACAGCAGCUCUCCUGGAGCCAAAUCAAAGGGAAACUGCAGCCCGUCGUUAGCAAAGAGACCUGGCAGGCAGCUCUCAAUACCUUGAACCCAAACCCCACGGACAGCUGCCCCCUGUACCUGAACCAAGCCGUGGUGGCCGUUCUUCCUUCACGGAUCAGCAGGCACAACAGCCCGGCUUCUGUCCACUUCCUCUCCCGCCUGAUCCGUUCCUGCCUUCCUGGGGGGAGCAACCGCUGCAUUGUGGUGGUGUGUGAGCGUUCAGAUGUGUUCGCCUCUGCUUGUGCCGUUGCCAGGGCCUUCCCCCUCUUCACCCGGCGCUCGGCGUCCUCUCGCAGGACUGAGAAAAAGCACGUGACCGUGGAGUUUGUGGUCGUCGAUAGCGACGGCGGUCUUCUGGAUGACGCAGAACUCAAGUGUCUCUCCAACGCUGCUGAUGGCGUCCGGCUGGCAGCUCGCAUUGUGGACUCGCCCUGCAGUGAGAUGAACACAGACCACUUCCUAGAUGAAAUAAAGGCUGUAGGAAGUGAACUAGGAAUUACUCCAGUCAUCAUUCGUGGAGAGGAACUGAAACAAAGAGGAUUUGGAGGUAUUUACGGAGUUGGGAAGGCUGCAGAGCAUCCGCCUGCGUUAGCGGUGUUGAGCCACACUCCUGACGGGGCGACGCAAACCAUCGCAUGGGUCGGCAAAGGCAUCGUGUACGACACCGGUGGACUCAGCAUCAAGGGAAAGACUACAAUGCCAGGGAUGAAGAGAGACUGCGGUGGAGCUGCUGCCAUUUUGGGAGCUUUUAAGGCAACCAUCAAACAGGGCUUUAAGGAUAACCUCCACGCGGUUUUCUGCCUGGCGGAGAACUCGGUGGGACCCACCGCCACUCGACCCGAUGACAUCCACGCACUCUACUCUGGAAAGACGGUGGAGAUCAACAACACCGAUGCAGAGGGCAGACUGGUGCUGGCAGACGGAGUGGUGUACGCCUCUAAAGAUCUGUCUGCUGACAUCAUCCUGGACAUGGCCACUCUGACGGGAGCUCAGGGAAUCUCCACAGGGAAGUACCACGCCGCCGUCAUGACCAACAGCGAGCAGUGGGAGGUCGCGUGCGUGCGUGCAGGUCGCAGCAGCGGCGAUCUCGCCCACCCUCUGGUUUACUGCCCUGAGCUGCACUUCAGCGAGUUCACCUCGGCCGUGGCCGACAUGAAAAACUCUGUGGCUGACCGUGAGAACGCCCAGAGCUCCUGUGCCGGCCUCUUUAUCGGUUCCCACUUGGGCUUCGAUUGGCCCGGUGUCUGGGUCCAUGUUGACAUCGCUUCUCCAGUUCACGCAGGCGAGCGUGCCACUGGGUUCGGCGUUGCUCUGCUCAUGGCGCUGUUUGGCCAAGCGUCCGACGACUCCAUGCUGAACCAGGUGUCUCCUCUGGGAGCGCCAGCCAACAAGCCUGAAGACCAGAUGGAGCGCGACUGCAAGAGACGAAGGCUGGUGUAGAGCCAGCGGUUCACUCCUCGACCUCUGAGUCGACCCCUUUCGCCCCGACUGCUGAAGCUCCUCCGGUUUGUUGAAAACAUUUUAAAGUGAUGUUUGAUUAAAUUUAAUGUGACUCAAAGCUGCCGAUCAGUAAAAUCAGAUGUGGCAUAAAUGGCUAUGAUCGAACACUGGCCUUCUUCACUUUGUCCUGGUUACUGAUUGGCUCCAUUGCUUUUUUCCUUUUGUUUGGGAUUAGUAUGUGAAAGAUUAAAUAUUACAUUAGAAAUAAGAAGCAACUGUUAUUUUUGUCUUAUUAAUCUGUUUAUUCAGGUGUAUUGUGAUUUUUUUUUUUGACAGAUUUUAACACAUACCUCGCAGAUUUUCUUAAAAAUAACCACCUUUAUCAGCAGGAAUCUUUGUAACGGUAUUCUUUUAUGCAAACCAAGAAGUAUGCCAUUAUGUCUUACACAUUGUUUUCUAGUGGAUCAAAUAAAUCUGGCAGGAGCCACUGCACUCUGUACUGUUGACUCUACAUGAAUAUUACGUUCUCACUGCAGGUUUUAACAGUUUGAAAACUCGUUUAGGAAAGAACAUGUAAACAUGUUGUAUUAGUAGCAGAGUCCUGCACAAUGGUGUCUUUCCACAUUUUUGACAAUCAUGAUGUCCCUCAUUAAAGGCAGUGCCAUCUGAAAAAAUAAAUAACUAGUAUGUGAACUUUAAUAUGUUUUUGUAUUUGUUCCAGGUUGUUUUUGUUCUAAACUCAAUAAUAAAUUUGUGUCAAAGUUUA